UGACUGGAAACCAGCCAGCAGUCCCGACGAGAAGCUGCAUUUGGUCAAGCUUCUUCUGUGUUCGGAUGAGUUUUUUUUUUUACGGAGUAAAAGACGUUUUGUUUCGAAACAAUGAGCAUUCCGGUGGUUGACUUUAGUGCGAGCAGCCUCAACGUGGAGGAUAUCGACCAGGCAGACCUUCGCCAACUGAGCGGGGAGUUAAAAAUGGCUUUUACCGAAGUGGGCUUCGUCUUCUUGGAGAAUACUGGAAUCUCUCAGGCGGAGGUUGAUGAUGUCAUGGAUGCUUCCAGAAGGUUCUUCCUGCAGCCAGAUCACCUCAAAAGGCCUUUCAGCAGGAAAACCUUCCCAAACAAUCCCAAUCAUGGCUGGGUAUCCCUGGAGGCUGAAAGGUUAAAUCCACAAAAACCGGGAGAUCUAAAGGAGGCAUUUAACCUGUCUUCGCUGCAUCCCGACAUUAAAUGGCCCACAUCUGAGGCGCAGGCGGGACUCCGGGAGACCCAGACGGCUUUUUUCCACCGCUGCAAAGAGCUGAGCCUGCGAGUUUUACGGGUGAUGGCUCACAGUCUGGAUGUGGACCCUGACGUCUUUUUGAACGCGCACCGCCUGAUUGGAACCGAUGAGAACGGCACGACGCUGCGUUCGUUGUACUACCCGCCGGUGAGGAGCGAGCUCGCCAAGGAGGGUCAGCUGCGAUGCGGAGAACAUUCCGACUACGGGAGCAUCACCUUGUUGUUCCAGAGCGCCGAGGGUCUCCAAGUGCGCCGACGUUCCGAGUUUUGCUCCCCCCGGCUGGCGACCCGGGCACACGUCAGUCUCUGGCGUUCUUCGUCCAGCCCGACGACGAGGCUGUGGUCACUUGCAUCGACGGAUCCCAAAAGUACCCCCCGGUGCGCUCGGACGCUUACCUCAACGAGCGCUUUAACGACUCCUACGGCCGGAUGUGAUACACCUCCCCCCCACCUCCCGCCCCUCCCCGAUGCCUUGCUGCCAACAAGCAGCUUUAUUCACUCUUUCCUGCCACUCGAAACAGCACAAUUGCAAGUUCAGAAAAAUGUGACGUCCACACCGGACAUUCCUCACCACCGUGGAGACAAGUUUUGAUGCCGCAGAGUUUGGUGCUAAACUUUUGAGCUUCAAAUGCAUUUAAUCUUAUAACCACUCAGGAACGAGAACAACUACAGUGACAAAUUUAAUCCAAUUCGCAGCCGUGGCAAAUGUUUUUAGACGAUCGCGAAGAGUUCAUGCAUUAUAAAGUGCCUUCAUGAGGACUCUUUCGAUUUCAGUCAACUUAUUUUAAGCAGCAAUUUCUAAACAAGAUUUUUUUUUUUUUGACUGAAAAUUUGUGAGCAAAAAAAUGAAUCAAGCUUGAAAUUUAACCCUUAAACACCUUUUUAU